UAUUGCUGUGGCUGGGACUGUGGCUGACGAUGUUUGUCAAGGGAAAUCCGGAAACACGUGGCAACGAGCACGAGCAGAAGCCGAGCUUUGCGAGUCCCAUCGAGAACGUGACAGUUCCUAUAGGUAGAGAGGCGACGCUCAGUUGCAUUGUACAAAAUUUAGGUGCCUACAAGGUCGGCUGGAUGCGAGCCUCCGAUCAGACAGUCCUGGCCCUCCAGGGACGGGUGGUGACCCACAACUCGCGCUACAGCGUGACGCAGGAGGAGCGCGACGUCUGGCGGCUGAAGAUACGGAACGUGCGGGAAUCCGACCGUGGUUGCUACAUGUGUCAAAUAAACGUCACGCCGCUUCAGAAGCAAGUAGGCUGCGUCGACGUGCAGCUUCCGCCCGACAUUUCCGACGAGCAGUCGUCCUCGGAUCUGACCGUGCGCGAGGGUGGAAAUGCAACGUUCUUCUGCCGCGCCACCGGACAUCCAGCACCGAAGGUUACCUGGCGACGAGAUAAUGGAAGCCCAAUCUAUGUACAGCGCAAUGGCACCGAAAUGCGAAAAUUUGAGCAGCAUGUCGGCAUCUUUCUGAAUCUAACCCACGUCAGCCGGAAGCAGAUGGGUGCGUACCUGUGCAUCGCUUCGAACGAGGUUCCGCCCGCCGUCAGCAAGCGUGUCUAUCUGAACGUUCACUUUCCACCGAAUGUGACCACGACGAAAACGCUCCUCGGUGCCUACGAAGAGUCGGACGUCGAGCUGGAGUGCGAUGUGGAGUCGUUUCCUCGCUCGGUCAACUACUGGACGAAGGUGGCGAAGGGUGUCCGCGGUUCGGAGGUGCCAUCAGCUUCCGGCACCACUUCCGGCGGCGGCGCAGACCACUACCAGGAGAUCAUGCUGAACGGCGACCGGUACGAGAUCCGGGAGCAGCACUACGGCAGCCUUUACGCGUCCAAGAUGACGCUCCGGAUACGCAGCUUCUCGGCGGCCGACGCCGGCAACUACAUGUGCAUAUCAUCGAACGCCUUCGGCAAGGCCAACCGGACGAUCCGGCUGUACGAGAUUAAAAGGCCCACAACCACCACCACGACGACGACCACGACGACGACGACAACGACGACCACUACCACCACCACCACCCCGGCGCCACCUCCGCCCACUCCGCCGUCGCGCCGUCGAACGACACUAAUGGGCCCAAGGUCCUCCCAUGACACGACGCCCUAUCCCCCGACCGGGUUCAUCGUCGAGUACGUCACUUACUCGCCAGCCUACGUCGAGUACGGAGCGAACGGUGAGACCUACAUCAACUAUCCCCAGCUGACGGCCUACUCGAAAUCGUCCUCCUCCUCGUCAUCGUCGUCGUCCUCCUCCUCCGCCUCGGCCAACCCGCACGGCUCGUCCGCCGCCUCCUCGGCCUCGCCGCCCUCGACCGUGGUGCUGCUCGGUGGCCGCUGGACCGCCGGGACGCUCGGCGGCUGGCCGAACCGGUUGCCGGGGCUGCAGGAUAGAUUUAUGAGCAUCCUGAUCGUGACGGCCCUGUCCUGCGUGUCCUUUUUUCGCUACUUUCAAAUCUAUCUUCCCUGGAUAACGCUUUUUCUGCUGCUCGUCCUGAUCGGCCGGAAGCCGAAGGAGAAAACCUCGGCCGAGCUCGUCUUUCACCACGCACCGAACGGUCUGUGAGGGCCCGAACGGCUCUCCACGCCAUCUGUCACCGGCGGCGGCGACGACGACGACAUCACCCUCUGCGAAAGAGGUAACGAAGGUAAUGUUGUUUUCUAAUUUGCUAGGAUUAAUCAGAAAACAACGACCGUCACGGACUCGCCCGGACCGGGGAAGGUACCGAGUGGCCGAUCGAAUUAUAGAAGGGUGAAACGAGAGGGAAGGAACGAUAGAAUAAGGGACAGCAGGUGAGGCUAAUGGAGCCAGUAUACAAGAAGAAGAGAAAAAUGGACGGGCUCCAAGAGCUAGGGAAAAAUGGGAAGACAUACACAGCGAAAGCACCGAGUCCCCGCAGGCAGAGAGUGAGCAAAUGGGCCGGUCAUGUUACGAUGUACAUAUUAAGCAAAUACUUCCAGUAAUAAAUUGCAAUAGACAACAAAGAAAAGUAUCACCCUAGUUGACAGAUGUCGAACGGAGGCGAAAAAAAAAUGAGGAAAUAAAAAUCAUACAAAAACGGAACACUGAAACGCAUCAGAGUACUAACCAAUAAAAGAGAAACGAAAACCAGAACAA